GGGUGGAGGGUUAUAACAGUGUAGGCGAUUAAAAGCAUACAAGAAAAAGUGAUAUUUUCAAACUGGAUUCUUCAUAAUCAUGCCAUACAACGAGGAUUCAAUUAAGAAAAUGCUUCCUAAGACGUAUCUACGGAAACAUGUGGCCCAUGAAAUCUACGAUGCAUUGACUCACUUUAAAAGCCUUGUACCCUUGAUGGAUAGAUACGUUUACAAUGAUGGCACCACAAAGAACUUGAUGAGUCUAACUGGAACCAUCCCUGUCAUGUUAGAAGACCAAACCUACAACAUCCCGGUAUGCCUGUGGAUUGAAGAAAGCUAUCCACAAACUGCUCCCAUCUGCUUUGUCAGACCCACACAUGAGAUGAUGUUAAUCGGUGGACAGUAUAUCUCCAACAGUGGUGAAGUCGUGCUGCCUUACCUGGAGGAGUGGAAAUGUGGUGAAUGUGACCUACUGAGCCUACUCCAGGUGAUGGUUGUCGUAUUUGGAGACUUCCCUCCCGUGUGCAUGCAGCCUCAUCCAGAGCCUGAACAAGCCCCUUGUUGGCUGCAAUUCCACAGACAAGCAGAGGUGCUUUCAAAGACUGAUGGAAGUAUGCAUCUGGAUUUAACCGGUGAAGAUGAUCUACCUUUCCAAGAACAUGAAACCAACUGUUAGUCUUUGUGGAAUUUUAACCAUAUUUGUAUUGUGUGUGUUGCCUGUGAUGAGGUGUUCAAUGUGUAAAGUGUCAGAUGGUAUCUAUUUGUUAGUUUACGGUUAAUAAAUGUAUACAAUUCAUACAAAUGGAUUAUAACAUGAUGUAUGUAUAUUUUUCCAAUGAUUUAGACUGUAAAAGUCAAGCACCUGAUUAAAACAUACUGACUGGGUUUAGUUGUGAAUGUAUGCACCAUAUCAUUUGUUUUUCAAAUGAACAUAAUAGCCUACAUAUUGAGGGCCUAUGUUUGAACACCAGAUUUCUUAACAAGCAGCUCAUAAAACGGUACCAUAACUGCACCCAGUUUGUUUGCUUUUAUUCACAAAUGUUUCCGGCUUUUGACCAGUGAAGAGAAAAUGUAACAAUCCAAAGAACGCACACAUAGCCAGCCAGUGUAUAUUGAAAUGAUAACCCAAACUGUUGUGAGAAGUGAUUGAUUGAUGCUGGUACU